AUGGUAAUAGCAGUGGAGACAGAAAAAUGUAUACAGGUUGAAAGGAAGUCAGUAGGCAGGAAGGAUGUUGGAAAAAUGUGCUAUAAAUGUAAGAAAUAUCAUCUUGGGUUAUGCUAUGAAGUCAUGAGAUCCUGCAAACUGAAGCAUAAACAGUCCUGUGCUGCUGAGAACAUUUAUAUACUCUCCAAAAAAGGGAAGAGCAUGUAUCAUUAUUUAAGACUGUCAUGUAUGACCAACUGUGAAGAUAUCAACUUCUUGAGUUUUGAAAAGAGGACAGAGCUCAUCUGUUGCAAACAUAGUAACUAUUGUAACCUGCCAGUGGGAGCCUAG